CGCGGGGCGGAGGCUUUAUAACCACUUCGUCGCUGAUUCUCGGUUUCUAUCUCUGGGAGGGCGGCUGAGGCGGCGGCAGCGGUCGGGACGCCGGCUGAGGGGUUGCUGAGGCGUGAGCUGUGGCGGCGCUGGGCGCCCCUCGCUCCUCGGCCUCUGGGGGCCAUGGGCUCCGAGAAAGACUCGGAGUCGCCGCGGUCUACAUCCCUGCACGCGGCUGCGCCCGACCCCAAGUGCCGCAGCGGCGGCCGGCGCCGGCGCCUCACCUUCCACAGUGUCUUCUCCGCCUCGGCCCGCGGCCGCCACGCCCGGGCCAAGCCGCAGGCCGAGCCGCCACCCCCGGCCGCGCCGCCGCCGAUCGCCCCGGCCCCUGCCGCGGCCCAGGCCCCGCCGCCUGAGGCGCUGCCCGCCGAGCCGGCCGCCGAGGCCGAGGCGGAGGCCGCGGCGACGGCGGGGCCCGGGUUAGAUGAUGAGGAGGCGGCGGAGGGCGGCGGCUCGGGCCCGGAGGAGGUGGAGUGUCCGCUGUGCCUGGUGCGGCUGCCGCCCGAGCGGGCCCCGCGCCUCCUCAGUUGUCCGCACCGCUCGUGCCGGGACUGCCUCCGCCACUACCUGCGCCUGGAGAUCAGCGAGAGCCGGGUCCCCAUCAGCUGCCCCGAGUGCAGCGAGCGACUCAACCCGCACGACAUCCGCCUGCUGCUCGCCGACCCACCGCUCAUGCACAAGUACGAGGAGUUCAUGCUGCGCCGCUACCUGGCCUCGGACCCCGACUGCCGCUGGUGCCCGGCCCCGGACUGCGGGUAUGCUGUUAUUGCCUAUGGCUGUGCCAGCUGCCCAAAGCUGACCUGUGAGAGGGAAGGCUGCCAGACUGAGUUCUGUUACCACUGCAAGCAAAUAUGGCAUCCAAAUCAGACAUGCGAUAUGGCCCGUCAGCAGAGGGCGCAGACAUUGCGAGUUCGGACCAAGCACACUUCAGGUCUCAGUUAUGGGCAAGAAUCUGGGCCAGCAGAUGACAUCAAGCCAUGCCCACGAUGCAGUGCUUACAUUAUCAAGAUGAAUGAUGGAAGCUGUAAUCAUAUGACCUGUGCAGUGUGUGGCUGUGAAUUCUGUUGGCUUUGUAUGAAGGAGAUCUCAGACUUGCAUUACCUCAGCCCCUCUGGCUGUACAUUCUGGGGCAAGAAACCGUGGAGCCGUAAGAAGAAAAUUCUUUGGCAGCUGGGCACAUUGAUUGGCGCUCCGGUGGGGAUAUCCCUCAUUGCUGGCAUUGCCAUUCCUGCCAUGGUCAUUGGCAUUCCUGUUUAUGUUGGCAGGAAGAUUCAUAGCAGGUAUGAGGGAAGGAAAACCUCCAAACAUAAGAGGAAUUUGGCUAUCACAGGAGGAGUGACUUUGUCGGUCAUUGCGUCCCCAGUUAUUGCUGCAGUUAGUGUUGGUAUUGGUGUCCCUAUUAUGCUGGCUUAUGUUUAUGGGGUUGUGCCCAUUUCUCUCUGUCGUGGAGGUGGCUGUGGAGUUAGUACGGCCAAUGGAAAGGGAGUGAAAAUUGAGUUUGAUGAAGAUGAUGGCCCAAUCACAGUGGCAGAUGCCUGGCGAGCCCUCAAGAAUCCCAGCAUUGGGGAAAGUAGCAUUGAAGGUCUAACUAGCGUAUUGAGCACCAGUGGAAGCCCUACAGAUGGACUCAGUGUUGUGCAAGGUCCAUACAGCGAAACAGCCAGCUUUGCAGCCCUCUCAGGGGGCACACUGAGUGGUGGCAUUCUUUCCAGUGGCAAGGGAAAAUACAGCAGGUUAGAAGUCCAAGCCGAUGUCCAAAAGGAAAUUUUCCCCAAAGACACAGCCAGUCUUGGUGCAAUUAGUGACAACGCAAGCACUCGUGCUAUGGCCGGUUCCAUAAUCAGUUCCUACAACCCACAGGACAGAGAAUGCAACAAUAUGGAAAUCCAAGUGGACAUUGAAGCCAAACCAAGCCACUAUCAGCUGGUGAGUGGAAGCAGCACGGAGGACUCACUCCAUGUUCACGCACAGAUGGUGGAGAAUGAAGAAGAAGGUGGUGGUGGCGGUGGCAGCAAUGAAGAGGAUCCCCCCUGCAAACACCAAAGCUGUGAACAGAAAGACUGCCAGGCCAGCAGACCUUGGGACACCAGCCUGGCCCAGCCCGAGAGCAUCCGCAGUGACCUGGAGAGCUCCGAUACGCAGUCCGACGACGUGCCAGACAUCACCUCGGAUGAGUGUGGCUCCCCUCACUCCCCAGCUGCAGCCUGCCCCUCAACACCCAGAGCCCCAGGUGCACCCAGCCCAAGUGCCCACAUGGACCUCUCUGCCCCAGCUGAGGGGACGGCUGUCUUGAAGCCGGAAGAUGCAGAAGCCAGAGUAUGAAGUGGAAUAAAUGCUCCUGUUCUGAGAAGCACACUUAUGCACCUGCUCUUUGUCUUCCUGGCCUGUGCUUUACUACGAUGAGGAUGAUGAGUCUGGACAACAGCCAUCUUGGAAGAUUCUUAUAUCUUGGGCACUGCAACCAGACUUAGCACAUUGCCCUGCACCUGGGACAGGAGGUGCUGUUAGUGGACUUUGAAGAAUGACCUUUGAAGUGGUCUCGAGAAGAAUGACCAAGAGGGUGUCUUUGUGUGAAAAAGGGAACUUGUUGGGAAAAGGGGCAGACUGUAUGGAAAUCUCUGAAAUGCAAAUUAUCAACUCAAGACUUGUAUUUCUCUUGAAGCAGCAUGAAGAGAGCAAUUAACUUGGAUAAAAUCAAGGAAGUUUUUUGGAGGGGCAGGAGUUUGCAGCCAAACCUGUAUUUUUAUCUAGGCUCCAGUUCUUACUGCUGCGAGAGUUGGGCUACUUACUCUGAGUGUGUUUACACUUAGCCAAAGUGGGGAUCAUAAUCCUAAUUAUGGAGUUGUAAGGAUUAAGUGAGAUGGCGUACUGAAAAUGCUUUUGUUAAAGGCCCAUAUUUUUUUUUCUCCUGCAGGAAUAAGAAGAAAUAAGGGAGAUUAUGGGUGCCAUCUAAAAAAAGCCCAGAGCUCUAGACCAGAGGCUAUGAAAAACUAAGCUGCUUCUAAUCCUUUGCAACACUGUUGUAUCUCCUAGACAUUAGAUGAAAAGGCCCGUCAGCACCACCUGGAGGAGAACAUGAGUAAUGCGUGGGAAAAGUUGAUUCUCAGUUUAGAAAAUGGGGAAAGUUUAAUUUCUUACUUGUACAGCGUUCAUUCAUUCUGAAAUACCUACUACGUUUCAGGUAUAGGACGCAGCAAUAAGGAAAACACAAAAUUCCUGUUCCUGUGAAAGUCACACUCUAGUGGGAAAAGACGGUCAGAUGUAUAAUCUGGAUGAGGAUAAGUGCGAUGAAGAAAAGCAGGGAAAGUGGAAAAGAGAGCUGCUUUAGGUGGGUACUAUGGGCCUCUCUGAUAAAGGUAACAUUUUAUUAGAGUCUUGAUGGAGUGAGAGAGAGCCAUGUGGAUUUCUAGGGCAAGAACAUACCAGACAUGAAAAAUAAAGUACGAAGGCCCUUUGGUGGAGCAUCCUUAGUCUGUUUAAACACACACACACAGCAUAGAGGCCUAAAUGGCUGGAACAGAGUGGACCAAGGAGGAGAGUAGUAGAUCAGGUUGAAGAGGUGGCUGAGGACAAGAUUGUGUAGAUUAUCAAAACAACUCUGAAGACAAUGACAUUUUAGGUUACUCUGAGACCAGGAAGAGAGGUAAUCUUCAAAGCCAGACAGAUGGGGUGUUGUGGUCAACUUUAAAAGUGGCUAAAACUGGGAGAGGGCAUGUCUGGUCACCAGUCCUACUUAGAUGGGCCAAUGGAAAGAAAUUUGUGGAAGUGCUAAAUGGAUACUUAUUCAUUCUGACCUCUUUCUAAUGUACUGUCUUAUACUCUAGAGGCUGGAAAGUUAAAACUACAUGUCUCACACUUCCUUGCAACCAAGGUUCUGAAUGUAAUUUAUUUUGCCAGAUGCACAAACAAGGAUAUGGAAGGAGGAAGUGAUUCAGGGGUCAUCUUCAGCAACUUUGUUGUUCCUGCAAAAGUAUAGAGCCCGGGCUUCCCUGGUGGUGCAGUGGUUGAGAAUCCGCCU